UUAACGGGCGGUGUUUCAUGAAGAGUUCCAUUUUCCUUUACUUUUAAUUGGAGCAAUUGGGAGUUUAAAAGGCGAGAGAUCAGCAAAUUUUCAUCAGCGUUGGUUCAGCAGCGGAAAAGCAAACAGCAUUUCAAACCUAAAGAAUAUUUGCUGUUUUGAAGAAGCAAACUUUUGUUCUACCAGCAUUAUUUAACCUGAUAACUAUGAAAGCAACAGCUAUCAUUUUAACUUGCCUCUUUGCGGCUGCUUUGGCUGCUCCGCAAUACCAGCGGGCUCAAGUUGCUUCCGGUGACAACUACGAGCUUGAAGAGAUUCAAAGACAGUGGGAACGCUUCCUUGAGUACCUUCCAUGGCUGAGAGGACCAACUGGUUCCCAAGGACCUCAAGGACCCGCUGGAGCUCCCGGAGUUGUUGACUACUCUGAUAAAUAUAUUGCUGGACCACCUGGAGCCCCUGGCCCACAAGGAUAUGCUGGACCUAAGGGAGAAAAGGGAAAUACUGGCGCCCCUGGAUACACUGGCGGUCCCGGACCUCAAGGAAAGCCCGGAGAUGAUGGAGCACCUGGAGAACAAGGAUUGACUGGUGAAAGAGGCAAUGAUGGAGCUACUGGUGCCCCUGGGGCCCCUGGUUACUCUGGCGCAAGGGGAGAACCCGGAGCUCCUGGAGCUCCAGGCUUGAAUGGAGAACCUGGUACUCGAGGCAAAGACGGUUACAAUGGAUCCCCCGGCGCUCCUGGACCUAAAGGAGAAACUGGUGCCCCUGGGGUAACUGUUCAAUCUAAUGUCCCCGGCCCAGUUGGCGCCCCUGGUUACCCUGGUAAAGACGGAGCUCCUGGCGCUCCUGGAGGUCCUGGACCCAUUGGCCCAGUUGGAGCAACUGGACCCCGAGGCCCCGCUGGUAAAGAUGGUGCUCCUGGUUACCCUGGCAGCCCUGGUCCCAAGGGAGAGGCUGGAACUCAAGGUUACAACGGAGCUCCAGGCAAAGACGGACUUAACGGCAAACCUGGAUCUAUCGGCCCUGUUGGACCUCGAGGCCCUGCUGGAAAUCCAGGCUACAAUGGAGCUCCUGGUAAAGACGGUUCCAAUGGCUUGACUGGCGCUCCUGGAAAAGAUGGAUACAACGGCGCUCCUGGUGCUCCAGGACCUCAAGGUGAACAAGGCAAAACUGGUAAGGAUGGGUAUCCUGGUGGACCUGGUACCCCUGGUGGCCCCGGAGCUCCUGGUCCUCAAGGUCUUCAAGGAAAACAGGGCCCCUCUGGAUACCCCGGCGGUCCUGGCCCCGUUGGACCUGUUGGACCAGUCGGCCCUGCUGGACCUCAAGGAAAACAGGGCCCCUCUGGAUACCCCGGUGGUCCUGGUCCUGUUGGCCCCGUCGGACCAGUCGGCCCUGCUGGCUACCCAGGCAAAACUGGUGAAACUGGACCCACUGGACCAGUUGGCCCAAUUGGACCGAUCGGUGCUCCGGGACGAGUCACCUACGCUGCUCCUGCGCGCUAUUAUUAAGCCCAGCCUGUCAGAUGCAUUGGCUGCCAAAAUGGAGUGAAGUGCCACCAAUCAGAACCAUUAUUAAGGCCUUAUGAGUUGGUCUUUUGCUAAAUUCGGGCAGCUUACCGUUUUUUUUUAGAUCCAAACAAAAUUUUUUGGAAAAAUGUCCGUACAUAUAUCUAUUUUUACUGGAGAUAUUACAAUUGUAAUUUAAAUAAAGAAAGUUAAAAAUC